UCCGGUACGCACAUCGCACAAUACCGAAACACAAAAUAGAAACUGCGAUAAAGGUGGCAGGUUACUUCCCAACCGCCUGCCGGUCACUACGGUCAUUUGCACAGUCGAAUUGGAAAGUUGUUCACCAAGCUAUCGUUUUUAUGUUCUGUGUUCUGUGUCCUAAAAAUGAAUAGCGUAACUCGUUCGUUGCGGUCAAAAUGUUUUCACUCUGGAUGGCAUAGGUCUUUCUCUGUUACGGCGCCAGACAACGCCACUCAUUCAUGUAAAUUGUUAGUGGUAGGGGGAGGCUCUGGAGGGUGCACCAUCGCUGCCAAGUUUGCUCGGAGACUCGGGAAAGAUGCCGUCAUUGUACUGGAGCCAAGUUGCGACCACUACUACCAACCGCUCUGGACGCUAGUAGGCGCUGGUAUAACCAGCGUGGCCAGCACUCGGCGAAGCGCGACCAGCGUCCUCCCUGUAGGAGCUAGGUGGCUGAGGGACUCUGCUGCAUCCGUCGACCCUAAGAACCAGGAGGUCAUCACGGCAAAUGGGGACCAGAUCAGAUAUGAGUACAUCGUGGUCGCUGUCGGGCUGCAGAAUGAUUAUGAUAAGGUCCCCGGCCUCAGCGAAGCGCUCCAGCUUAAAGACAGCGGCGUCUCCACAAUAUAUUCUCCGCAUUACUGCGAAAAAACAUGGAGUGACAUGCGACAGCUCAAAGGUGGCGAGGCCAUAUUCACGUAUCCGGACACACUCAUCAAAUGCCCGGGAGCCCCGCAAAAGAUCGCGUAUCUAGCUGAUUCCUGGUUUAACAAGGCCAACGUUCGUUCAAAAACGAACAUAACAUACAACACGUGCUUGCCCGUCAUAUUCGGCGUGAAGAAAUACGCCGACGUGCUACUAAAGGUGGUGGAAAGGAAGAAUAUCAAGGUUAACUACACCACGGUGCUGAAGGAACUGCAUGUAGACAAGAAGGAAGGGGUAUUUGUGAGCGCUAAGGAUAAGAGUAAGACAUUUGUUCAGCCCUACGACAUGAUCCACGUCACGCCUCCAAUGAAGACGCCGGACUUCCUCCGUAACAACAAGGACAUCACCGACGCCAGCGGAUACCUAGAAGUCGACAAGUUCACUCUACAACACACCAAGUUCCCCACUAUGUACGGGAUCGGAGACUGCACUAAUACGCCGAAUAGUAAAACUGCUGCUGCAAUUGCGAAACAGUGCUACGUCCUAGAGCACAAUCUCCUUUCAACGAUGGCGAAGGACAACCCGAAGCAGAAAUACGACGGCUACGGCGCCUGUCCGCUGGUGACGUCAUACAACACCUGCAUACUUGCCGAAUUCUUGUACGAUGGCGUUGUGCAUGAGACUAUGCCGUUCAACCAGGCGACGGAAAGCCGGAUAGCGUACCAAAUGAAACGCCACCUCUUCCCCUUCAUAUACUGGAACUUCAUGCUGAAGGGCUACUACCACGGGCCCGAGUUCGUCAGAAAGAUCGUCAACCCAUCCGCCAAAUGUUUACAAAUGGCCAUCGUUCUGAACAAGCUGAAUGUUUACCGAUAUGUGACGUCACAGUUGCACUACAGGUUCGCCUCAAGCACUAGUAAUAACAAAUACAAAUGUAAAUUACUGAUAGUGGGUGGAGGAACGGGCGGCUGCAGCGUCGCGUGGCGAUUCUCCAACAAAUUGAAGAACAGUGAAAUUUGUGUCAUAGACCCAGCAGAAUUCCACUACUACCAACCGCUCUUCCCCCUGGUGGCCGCCGGUAUCAAGGAGUUCGAUCAAAGCAAGAAGCCCCUCCGGUCCGUGUUGCCGCCCGGCGUGUGUUGCAUCAAAGACUACGCGUGGCAUUUCGACCCGUGCAACCACGUUGUCCAUACGCAUGGUGGGGAUGAAAUUUAUUAUGACUUCUUGGUGGUGGCUGUGGGGCUUAUUAAUGAUUAUUACAAGAUAAACGGCCUAAAAGCAGCGCUAGAUGACCCGUGCAGCUGCGUAACCACAAUAUAUUCUCCGGAACACUGCCAGAAGACAUGGUCGGCCAUUCAGCGCACAGCCGGGGGUCACGCCAUCUUUACUUUCCCACGCGAAGGUGCGAAAUGCUCUGGUGCUGCGCAGAAGAUCAUGUACCUCGCUGAUGACUACUUUAGACAGAACAAAAAACGCGACCUUCUAAACAUAACCUACAACACUGGCUCCGACGCCAUUUUCGGCGUCCCGAAGUACGCCAAAGCGCUAGAGCGCGUGGCCAGCGCACGUGCCGUAGCCGUCAAUACGUGCUGCGAGUUGGUGGAGGUCACGCCGAAACACGCCGUGUUUGUGGACGCUUGUGAAAUGCCCAUAACACUCCCAUACAACUUCCUCCACGUAACGCCUCCAAUGUCUCCACCCACCGGCCUGGUGCAGUCCCUACUCGCCGACGAAACCGGCUACCUCAACGUAGACAAGUACACCCUGCAGCACCGUCAGUUCUCCAACGUAUACGGCUUGGGAGACUGCACCAAUACGCCUAAUAGCAAGACUGCUGCUGCCGUUGCUCGCCAAAGCCAUGUGGUAGAACAAAACCUAUGGGCCACCAUGCAGGGCCGGCAACCUUCAGCCAAAUACGACGGCUACGGCGCCUGCGCGAUGAUGACGUCAUACCGCACCGGCAUCCUGGCCGAGUUCCGCUACGACAAGCAGCCGUAUGAGACCUUCCCGUUCGACCAGAGUAAAGAGCGAAAACUGUUCUACUACAUGAAACGAGACUAUUUCCCAUACUUAUAUUGGAAUAAAAUUGUCAAAGGAAAGUGGAACGGACCUAAAAAAAUACCCAGAUUGAGUAACCCUUUUCGGAAGAAGAAAUAACCACUAUAUUUUUUU